GUCGACAUGGACACACGUUUGCUGCUGACUCUUCUGCUGAUCGCGGUUUCCCGGGCUGAGGAUCAGGACCAGGAGCAGGAUCGGGAAAAGGUCCGCUUAAAGCCGGGUCGCUAUGUUCCCCAGUUGCACGGAGCCACGGGUUGGUAUGUUCCGGACGACAGUGGAAAGUACCGACACGAUCCCCGACCUUAUGACGGUGGCUACGGCGAUCGCGGUGAGCCGUACUUCUCCGAUCUGCGGGGCAUCUUCCGCAGUGCCCAGGAGCAACUGGAGGCCAAGGUGCACGAGGCAGGAGAAAGCCUUUCGCUUGGUCCAAGGGAUCAUCUGCGGUUCAUGAUCGACUUCAACUUCAACGGCACCGGAUGGCAGAUCAUCCAGUUCCAGUGGGUUCGAGAUGGCGACGAAUCGAGUCCCGAUUCAAAGCAGUACAGCUACGUGAAUGAGAACAAGUUGUGGGACUCGGAGCAGGCCUACGAGUACCAGCAGCCCGACGAUUCCUGCCAGAUGAACUGCCAGCCAGACAAUCCCGAGUACCAGGAACCAGAGGUGGAGCACAACCAGCAAACAAACAUUAAUACAGAGCAGAAUCCCGCCAAGGUUCACGACACCAUCAACGAGGUCCUCGAAUACAUUCAACAGCGCAUUUUGCCUACUUUAAGUUGAAAGUUUUAAAUAAAUUAAAAAAAUCUGAA